CGUCCCGCCCGCGUCCGCUGCAGAGCCCGAGCCCAGUCCUCCGCCCGCCCGGUGUCCCGCCAUGGCUGCGCGCUUGCUCCUCCGCUCCCUGCGCCUCCGUUCCGCGCCACGCCCGCCGCCCGCCGCCCGAUGUUCUCAUUCUGGAGCAGAGGCACGUUUGGAAACCCCUUCUGCUAAAAAAUUAACUGAUAUUGGAAUCAGAAGAAUCUUUUCCUCGGAGCACGACAUUUUCCGGGAAAGUGUAAGGAAGUUUUUUCAGGAAGAAGUAGUUCCUCACCAUACAGAAUGGGAGAAGGCUGGAGAAGUGAGUAGAGAGCUCUGGGAGAAAGCUGGCAAGCAAGGCCUGCUCGGCGUCAACAUCGCCGAGAAACACGGCGGUAUCGGUGGAGACUUCUUUUCCACAGCAGUUACUUGGGAAGAGCAAGCAUACUCAAAUUGCACAGGCCCUGGUUUCAGCCUUCACUCAGAUAUCGUCAUGCCCUAUAUUGCAAAUUAUGGCACAAAAGAGCAGAUUGAGCACUUCAUCCCCCAGAUGACGGCGGGCAAGUGCAUCGGUGCCAUAGCGAUGACAGAGCCUGGUGCCGGAAGUGACUUACAGGGCGUAAGAACAAAUGCCAAGAAGUCUGGGAGUGAUUGGAUUCUCAAUGGAAGCAAGGUGUUCAUCACUAAUGGCUGGUUAAGUGACCUUGUGAUCGUGGUCGCCGUCACCAAUCGUGAAGCUCGGUCGCCUGCCCACGGUAUUAGCCUUUUCUUGGUAGAGAAUGGAAUGAAAGGAUUUAUCAAGGGCCGGAAGCUACACAAAAUGGGGAUGAAAGCUCAGGACACGGCAGAACUAUUUUUUGAAGAUGUCCGAUUGCCAGCUAGUGCCCUACUUGGGGAAGAGAAUAAAGGCUUCUACUACCUCAUGCAAGAGCUCCCACAGGAAAGGCUGUUAAUUGCAGAUUUGGCCAUUUCUGCCUGUGAGUUCAUGUUUGAAGAAACCAGGAACUAUGUUAAGCAAAGGAAAGCUUUUGGGAAAACAGUUGCACACAUACAGACGGUGCAGCAUAAACUAGCAGAAUUAAAAACACACAUAUGUGUAACCAGAGCUUUUGUGGACAGCUGCCUGCAGUUGCAUGAAGCAAAACGUCUGGAUUCUGGCACAGCUUCCAUGGCAAAAUAUUGGGCAUCUGAAUUACAGAACAGUGUAGCUUAUGACUGUGUCCAACUCCAUGGAGGCUGGGGGUACAUGUGGGAGUACCCAAUUGCAAAGGCUUAUGUGGAUGCUCGGGUUCAGCCAAUCUACGGUGGUACCAACGAAAUAAUGAGAGAGCUGAUCGCAAGACAGAUCGUCAGUGACACCUAGACAUCUGUCUACACCCUGGAAUCCUAUUACAUACAGCUAAUCUGGAUUCAGAUCUACUUGAGAUAAAAUGUAACCUGGAAAGGGGGGAAAAUAGUAAAGCUGUUUUUAUGUAUGAUUGUUACAGAGGGAGACAUAAAAUACAAAGAGUAACACAGGAAAAAGAAAAUUUUUGAACCCAAAGAGUCUAAAGUUAUGCUGUAAAAGGUUUAACCUUUUUUUUUUUAUAUAUAUACAGGGAAUGUUGAAGAUUUUCUAACUCGAGAGCCUUAAUGUCUUACUUGUCUUUCAAAUUCUGAAGAGCAUAAAUUGCUUUGAUCCUUAAAGUUGAAGCAGAAAUAAUUUUAUAUUCUUACAACAUUAAUAAUACUUACAGACUUUGAAAAGGCAAAAUAAUUGUAACUCAUAGAGAGUCAUUUCAGCUACUUUUUGUUCCAAAUUCCCUAGAACAUUGGUUUUUACCAUCUUACCACCAAUCCCAUGCUUUUUACGCAAUGAAUGGAACCCUUUCUUCAGAAAAGAACGGACUGUACACUUAGAGGCAAUUAUGUAUCAAUUAAAAAUAAAGUAAAACUUUAAAACAAAUCAUGUGUUGGAUGUGUAUGAGGCACUGAAAAAUGAGAAUGUGUUCUGAUGUGAGAUUGCAUAGUUUCAUAGGUGAGACACGUGGGCUUUCAACAGAUUCCAUUCAGUUUAAUUUAAAUAGGAAAACUCAGAAAUUCAACAUCCUUAAAUUUCGAAAUGUUUGGUAGGUAUCAAAGCAAAGCCUUUUAUUUUUUUAACAGUGUGAUUUAUUUAUAUUUACUAAAUAUUGUGCAUCUUUUGUAAACUAGGCUGUUAAAAAUGUUGGAAAGCAAGCCUGGAAUAACCCUCCUACGAACUAGUAGUAAUACAAUUUAAAUAUUCCAGCCAAGCUAAGUAUAGUAGAAGUAAGCCUUUAAAACAUGAGUGUAGGGCUGGAGAGACAAUUCAGAGGUUAAGAGCACUGGCUGUUCUUCCAAAGGUCUUAAGUUCAAUUCCCAGCAACCACAUGGUAGCUCACAACCAUCUGUAAUGGGAUCUGAAGCUCUCUCUGGCAUGCAUGCAGAUGGAGUACUCAUACCUAACAAAAUACAUAAACAAAUAAAAUUUUAAAAAAUAUAAGUGGAAAAAUCAUAUUUGAGACUUACAUAAUUAUUAUGAAAAAUAAAGUCAUUAGUUUAUAAACUGACAA